AUGGAAUAUUGCAACUAAAAUUUAUUACAUUAUUUUAAGAGUAAUUUAUAACAACUUGAUAAUUAAUAAAUCAUCUAAUUUAUGAAAUAGAUUAUAAAAGGUUAUUAAUAACUUAUUGAAUAAGGUGUUCUACAUAGAGAUUUAAAACCAGAAAAUAUUUAUUAUAUUAAAAAUAAUAAUAAUAUUUUAUUUAAAGUAUUUAUUAUUUUAUUUAAAUUAGAUUGGCGGUUUUGAGUAUUCUAAGUUAUUGGAUGAUCGAGAUUAACCAAUUGAUGAAAAUACUAAACUUUAAUGUUAGGGUUAUUAUUAAGCUCCUGAAUAAUGUAUGCAUAAUUAUAGUUUUAAUGCAGAUAUUUACUCAGUAAUAAAUACUUAAUAACAUUUUAGUUUGGAUUAAUUUUGUUUGAAAUGGUGACAAAAUAAAAACUUUAAAAUUUAAAUUAAUUAAAAACCAAGAAUUUAUAGGAUAUAUUCAAUUUAGAUAAUAUUGAUAGUACUAUAAAAAACUUCUUAUGUCGAAUGAUUGUUUAUGAUCAUUAAAAGAGAAUAACUUGGUCACUUUUAAUUAAAGACUUAUUUUAUAAAUUAGAACAAAGUAUUGGUCCAAAUGAAAAAGUAAUAUCAAAAGAAAAUGGAUAAUAAUUAUUUAUUAAAAUAAUUUAAAAACCAAAAAAAAAUAAUGAAUAUUAUUUAGAAUUUAAUGGCAAAUAAGAAUUGUUGAUUAAUAGAUUAUUUAAAGGAAAAGAUCAUCCUAAUAUUGUGAAAAUACAUGAAGUUUUGCAUGAACCAGAAAGUACUCAUAUUCUUAUAAUCAUGGAAAAUUGUGAUGGAAAUUUAGAAAAUCUUUUAAAAUAUAAAUAGUUUGAUGCUUUAGAGAUAUUAGAUUUGGCAUCAUAAAUUAAUAAGGGCUAUUAAAUUUUGGAAUAAGAGAAUAUUAUUCAUAGAGAUAUUAAACCAGAAAAUAUUUUAUAUAAAAAUAUUGAUAAUUAAAUCUUGUAUAAAGUGAAAUUUUUAUUACUAUAAUAGAUUACUGAUUUUGGAGUUAGUCGUAUAGCUGAUGAAGCUUGCUCUAAAUGUGGUACAUCCCUUUAUGCAGCUCCAGAAGUCAAAGGAACCUGUACAUAUACAAAUAAAUGCGAUAUUUAUUCAGUUAUUAUUUUUAAAUGAUUAUUUUAGCUAGGUAUUGUUUUUUAUUAUUUGGCAACAUAAAAAUAUACAUAAGAGAAUAAAAUAAAAUAAUUGGUUUAAACAUUAAAUGAAAAAAAAUUUAUAGAAAAAUGUUAUCCAAGUGAUCUUGUACUUGAUGAAACAAUAAAAACUUUAAUUAAUAAAAUGAUUAUUUUAGAUGCUAAUAAAAGAAUUAAUUGGGGAAAAGAAAUGGAUGAUCUAAUUUAAUCUCUUAAAAAUCAAUUAUCACCAAAAAAAUAAUUGUUUCAUUAGUAACCUUUAUUUUUUUUAAAUAUGAUACCAAAUAUAAACUAAUAAUAGCUCCCAUAAAUGUAAAAAAAUAAUUCCAUAAAUAAUAUGAAUUAUAAUAAUAAUUUUCCUAAGUAGUUUGUAAAUCAAACACCAAAUUCUUUUUAAAAUAAUUUUAACUUAGAUUAGAAACCAAAAUUUCCAAUAAAUUAAUUUAAUAAUAAUAUUAAUUAAAGGAAAGAACCUCCUUAAUUUCAAUAAAAUUAACCUCGUCAAAUAAUGUAGAAUUCGCCAUCUAACAAUUUAGAUAAAAAUUAGACACUUAAUCAUAAGUACUAAUCGCAAUAAGGAAUUUAAUACUUUUUGCCCAAAAGCAACCUAUGGAACUAAUAAGAUCAAAAAAAAUUUUUCAAUCAAAACAAAACAAUAUCUUUUUUUCCAAAUUAAAACAAUUAAGAAUUUAAACCAUAACAUAAUUGA